AUGACCAUCAAGGACACGAAGUCUUCCAUCGCGAAGCCCCGCUCGGUAUUGAUAACAGGCUGCUCAGACGGGGGACUGGGUGCCGCUCUCGCCAUUGAAUUACACAACGCCGGUCUACACGUCUACGCCACGGCCCGAAACCCAUCUAAACUGACCCAGGUGCAAGCUCAUGGGAUUGAAACCUUUACGCUAGACGUAACGUCGCAAGACUCGAUCGUUGCCGCCGUUGCUAGAGUUCCCUCGCUUGAUAUUUUGGUCAACAAUGCCGGCGCCCUCUACAGCAUGCCCUUUUCGGAUAUGUCAAUCCCCCGAGCCAAGGAGCUCUUCGAUCUGAAUGUGUGGUCAUACCUCGCCGUGACGCAAGCGUUCCUGCCAACAUUGAUCAAGUCCAAAGGAAUUGUUGUCAAUCAGACCUCGUCUGCAGGCUCCGAGGCGAUUGCAUUCCAGUCAGCAUAUAAUGCGUCCAAGGCCGCCAUGAUUAUGUUUUCGGACUGCAUGAAGCUAGAGCUGGCACCCUUUGGGGUUAAAGUGGUCAAUCUGAGAACGUCCAAUGCGGCGUCGAACAACUACAACAACCAGGCUGGGAAAGCGGACAUACAGUUACCAGACGGGUCAAUAUACCAGGUCGCAAAGGAGGCGGUGGAAAGGACAAUGCGGGGAGAUGGGUUUCCCAUGGAGGUCACUGCAGAACAAUGGGCUCGCCAGGUCGCGCAGGAUCUCCUGAAGCACGAUCCACCUCCAUCGAACAUCUGGCGAGGAACAAAGGCAUGGGUGGGGUGGCUUUCCAGCCUUCGACCCUUUGGACUUCCGGAGGUGGUGUUGAAGAAGCUUGCAGGCUUAGAUAUCGUCGAGAAGGCCGUGCGUCAGUCUAAGAGAGCCUGAUAACAAAACAACUUCCAUCAAUGUUCAUUGGCGACUGUCUAACACAACAUAG